AUGACUGCCGACUCCUUGGGGGGAGGCCCCAGGCCUUCGAGAGAAAACGAUCUCCCAAGUUCUGGUGUCAACCCAGUUUCUGGCGCACCGAACGACCAAACUGCAGAUUCGUCGCGAGGUCCACCUACCACUUCAUACUUCUCGCUCCCACAAAAUCCACCUUCCGAUGAAUCCGCAGCGUCAGGAUCUCCGGUCGACGUCGCCAAAGGGGCUAGAUCGGGCCAGGAAUUACUCCGUCGACUCAGCCUUGUCGAUUCCAAGGGCGCAGAAUCAUUAGAUGUCGAUCCUCGCACUGCUCAUCCCGGCCUGAGGUUGAGCGGCAAUGUCAUCAGCGCGACCUUCUGCAUUCCCUAUCAACUCACUCUUGGACCUCAGGACGACUGGGUGCUCUCUACUCGUCACGGCACCUCUGCACUGUUCGAUUCAUUUGUCCACCUUGCCUCCGACAAAACGCCGUGGAACCAUACAUUGGUUGCAUGGACUGGCGAAAUUCAUACACAGCCACACGACCGGGCUAUGAGCAUUUUGCAAGUGGAUGGGGCAUCUGCAACCACGACAGCACAGGCAUCCGUGCCGAUUAACAAAUCAGCCGCCCCAUAUCCGGUUAACGGUGCUGUACAACAUUCUCACCCACAUUCUGAACCCCUUCGCCUAUCACGUAGUUCCCGAGCCCAGCUCGAAAAGCUCCUCGCCGAGCACCCCAAUGGGAAGACUCUUCCGGUGUGGUUGCCUGAUGGUCCCGGGGACGAGCCUGGAGAGCUUGUGUUCAAAGACCAAAGUCGCUGGCGUAAAUAUGCAGAGCACGAACUAUACACCCUUUUCCACUACCGACAGCACGGUCCCGACGACGGACGGGCCGAGAAGACCUCUUGGGCGGAUUACGUACAUAUGAACCAGACCUUUGCCAAUCGAAUUCUCAACAUCUACCAGCCCGGUGAUAUCGUUUGGAUUCAUGACUACCAUCUAAUGUUACUGCCAAGUAUGCUUCGCCAACGCAUCCCCAACAUCUAUAUUGGCUUCUUCCUCCACAUUCCCUUUCCCAGCAGUGAGUACAUGCGAUGUCUUCCCAGGAGGAAAGACAUUUUGACCGGUGCUCUCGGAGCUACCAUGAUUGGCUUUCAAUCAUACAGCUUCUCUCGGCAUUUCAAUUCCUGCUGCAAGCGCAUAUUGGGCUUCGAAUCGAGUUCGGCGGGCGUGGAUGCCUACGGCGCACACGUGGCGGUGGAUGUCUUCCCCAUUGGCAUUGAUGUGGCGUCCGUUCAGAGAGAAGCGUUUAUGGACCCGGUCAUCGAGCAGAACAUGGAGGCCUUGAAACAAAUUUAUGCCGGAAAAAAAAUCAUUGUCGGUCGUGAUAGACUCGAUACCGUCAGAGGAGUGUCUCAAAAGUUGAUGGCAUUCGAGAUUUUCUUGGACCGAUAUCCCGAAUGGCGCGACAAGGUGGUGCUCAUCCAGGUGACUAGUCCUACCAGUGUUAUGGAGGACAAAGUCGACAGUGCACACAAGAUCGAACACAAGAUCUCGAAUCUGGUGUCGAGGAUCAACGGCGAGUAUGGUUCCCUAAGCCACUCUCCGGUCCAGCACUAUCCACAAUACCUCUCGGGUCAGGAAUACUUCGCUCUUCUCCGGGUCGCCGACGUGGGACUCAUCACCAGUGUAAGAGAUGGCAUGAAUACCACAAGUCUGGAGUAUGUGAUUUGCCAAAAGAAUCACUACGGGCCCUUAAUUCUGUCGGAGUUCUCGGGCACGGCCGCGAGUUUAGGAAACGCCAUCCACAUCAACCCGUGGGAUCUCGGCGGCGUUGCGGAUGCCUUGAAGAAGGCACUUGAGAUGCCCGAAGCAGAAAAGAAGAGCAACCAUGAGAAAUUAUACAGCUAUGUAACCACCCAUACGGUGGCGACGUGGUCUAAUAACUUCCUCAAACGCCUUCUGACCAACCUCACUUCCUUCACCCAAGGUGAUCUCACGCCAGCACUGGAUCGCAAUCGCAUGAUUCAACAAUACCGUGCUGCGAGGAAACGCCUCUUUAUGUUCGAUUACGACGGCACACUGACACCGAUUGUGAAAGAUCCCAAUGCCGCCAUCCCUGCCGAUCGGGUCCUCCGAACGCUGAAAGUUCUUGCCGCCGACCCCCGCAACAACGUUUGGAUCAUCAGUGGUCGUGACGCCUCCUUUCUUGAAGAAUGGAUGGGCCAUAUCACCGAAUUGGGCUUGAGCGCGGAGCACGGCUGCUUCCUCCGUCGACCUGGGUCUGAAGCGUGGGAAAAUCUUGCUGCUUCUAUGGACAUGGGCUGGCAGAAGGAAGUCAUGGAGGUGUUCAGUUACUACACCGAACGUACGCAAGGAUCUUGGAUCGAGAGAAAAAAGGUAGCUCUCACCUGGCAUUAUCGGCAAGCAGAUCCGGACUUUGGAGCGUUUCAGGCUCGCGAGUGUCGAAAAGCGUUGGAAGAUAAUGUCAUGAAGAAGUGGGAUGUGGAGGUCAUGUCCGGAAAAGCAAAUCUGGAAGUCCGGCCACAGUUCGUCAACAAAGGGUUUAUCGCUACACGAUUGAUCAAUGAAUACGGGUAUGCCCGUGGUGAUCCGCCCGAGUUUAUUCUUUGUUUGGGAGAUGAUCAAACCGACGAAGAUAUGUUCCGAGCGCUUCUCAAGACAAAUUUGCCAAAAGAACACGUCUUUGCAUGCACGGUGGGAGCGAGCAGCAAACGGACGCUUGCGACCUGGCAUCUUCUCGAACCGGGUGAUGUGAUUGCUAGCAUUACUGCCUUGAAUAAGCAGGAAAAUCUAUAG